GCAGCCCCACCGCCCCCGCCAUGGCCGCGUCCACCCUGUCCGCCUGCUCCAGCGACCUGAGCUAUGGCAGCCGCGUCUGCCUGCCCGGGGCCUCGGACUCCUGCCCCGACUCCUCCUGGCAGGUGGACGACUGCCCAGAGAGCUGCUGCGAGCCCCCGUGCUGCGCCCCGGCCCCCUGCCUGACCCUCCUGUGCGGCCCCUCCUCCCCCUGCCAGGGAGACUGCUGCACCCCUGCGUGCUGCAAGCCCGUCUGCUGCACCCCUGCGUGCUGCAAGCCCGUGUGCUGCACCCCUGUGUGCUGCAAGCCCGUCUGCUGCACCCCUGUGUGCUGCGAGGACUCCCCCUGCUCAGCCUCCUCCUGCUGCAGACCCUCCUCCUGUGUGUCCCUGCUCUGCCGCCCCGUGUGCAGGCCCACCUGCUGCACCCCUGUCUGCUGCAAGCUCUUUUCCUGCACCCCUGUGUGCUGCGAGGACUCCCCCUGCACAACCUCUUCAUGUUGCCAGCCGUCCUGCUGCACCUCCUCCCCCUGCCAGGAAGACUGCUGCAAGCCCGUCUGCUGCACCCCUGUCUGCUGCAAGCCCGUCUGCUGCACCCCUGUCUACUGCAAGCCCGUGUGCUGCACCGCUGUCUGCUGCGAGGACUCCCCCUGCACAACCUCUUCAUGCUGCCAGCCCAGCCCCUGCUGCAGACCCUCCUCCUGCGUGUCCCUGCUCUGCCGCCCCGCGUGCAGGCCCGCCUGCUGCGCCCCUGCCUCCUCCUGCCGGUCCAGCUGCUGCCGCCCUGCCUCCUGCGUGUCCCUGCUCUGCCGCCCCGCGGUGUGCCCCCGCCCUGCCUGCUGUGGCCCCACCUCCUCCUGCUGCCGCCCGGCCUCCUGCGUGUCCCUGCUCUGCCGCCCCGCGUGCCCCCGCCCUGCCUGCUGCUGACCGGCUCCAGCUUCUGCCUCUAGAAGACCUGCCAUCUUUGCUCCAGAGCGCAGACGUCCUCUCUCAGGAGCCCCGGAACCCCUCUGGGGGCGCCAGGACGCCCCCUGCCCCCCGGUGGACGCACGGCUGCUGCCUUCUGGGGAUCCGGACAUGCCCGGCUUCCCUUUCUGCAAAGACAGGUCCCUCAACGGGGGGCGGGGGGGCUGCUGCACCCUGGAGCCCUCCCCUGCAGGGCUGGUUGCUCGCAUUCCGGGUGACAAAGGCCACUGCUAUCAUCAAUAAAAUGUCUGGAUCAUGAAACAGAGAUGGCUGUGUUGUUCCCUCUCCUCUGAGCCCAGAGACCACGCCAAAGCGGGCAGCGUUUGCUCUGC